CUAAAUGUGUCAUUCGCUACUUAACCUUGAUGUGAUACGUACAUACGAGUAUUUAUUUUGAUUACAGUUAUAUUAUAUAGUAACAGUUUAACUUAAAGUAAAUAUUAUAACCGGCGCCUGCAAAGUGAUUAGAACAUUGUUUAAUAUUCCACAUAACGCUACUAUUUAUUGCGUUAUAAAGUAUAUUAUAGUGUAAUUUAACAUGGAAAAUAAACAGUCCUGUGACUAUAGUGAUAACUACCAACGCAACAAAAUUGUAAUCAGUGAAGAGUUUACACAAGAUUUACAAAAUUCUAUCAACGAAAUCAUAAACGAGCAAGGUUAUAUCACUCAUAACAUAGAGUCGAGAAAAAUUUGUACAGGCGGCAACAAUUUUUUGGGGGAAUUGUAUGAGAUCAAUGUAACAGGAAAAACUAGUGACGGACCUAAUGAGACUAAUUUGUUUUUGAAGAAUAUUAUUUAUAAUGAUGAUUUUAAAGUAUAUUCCAUACAGGAAGUUUACGCUAAAGAGUCAUUCGUAUAUAAUAAGCUAUGGCAGAUAUACAAUGAAUUGCAGGAUGAAGCUGGAAUUCCCGCAGAAGAUCGAUUCAAAAUGGUGAAGAGUUAUCGACAAACUAACGAUAAAGCGAUAAUUUUAGAUAAUUUAGCUGUAGAUGGGUUCAAAACUAUGCCAAGAUUGGAAGUUAUGUCGAUUGAAUUUGCCGAAUUAUCGAUAAAACAGUUAGCGAAAUUUCACGGUUUGUCUUUCGUUUUACAAAACAGAAAGCCUGAGUUCUUCGACAAUGAAAUAAAGACUAUAAAACAAUCAUUCGUAUACGAUGAUUAUUGGAAUGGUUUAGCUAAGAAAAUGUGUGAUUUUUCUACUAGUAGAAUGGACAAAUCGACUAAGGAAAAGAUUGAUAAAUUAUUUUUGAUAUCUCUAGACAAAUACCCGAAAUACAUGAACGGUUUGAAUUCGUCGAUUAAAUGUUUAGUACACGGCGAUUAUAAAAUGAACAACGUUUUACUGAAAGAAAAGAACGGACGAGUAUCAGAAGUCAUAGCGAUCGACUACCAGCAAAUCUACUAUGGCUGCCCGGUCAUUGACCUCAUAUACUUUAUAUACGCAGCCAGCGACCGCAACUUCAGAAAACAGCAUUUAUACCACCUCAGGGACGUCUACUUCGAUAGUUUAACGAGCUUCCUCAAAAACUUCGAAAUGGAUCCGGGGUUCUCACGGAACGACUUCGAGAAGUGCUUCGAAGAUAGUUUGGAUUACGCUCUGAUGUAUACUUUGUAUAUGCUGCCGUAUUUUUUCGUCGCGGUAAAUGCACCCGAUUUAGCGAAAGACGAGUUGUUAGAUAUCACCCUACAAGUUGAUGAGCGGUUCUAUACCACAAUGCAGGGCAUAGUUGACGAGUUUAUCGAUUUGGGAAUUUUGUGACAAGAAUAAUAGAAUUAUGCAUUUAAUUUUAUUUAAUAUUUAUACUUACUUAAAUAUAUUCCAACAAAAUAUUUAAAAAUUCCGUUGUAUAAACGUUAUCAGUAUUUUUUGUCGCUGGAAAAUGCACCCGAUUUAGCGAAAGACGAGUUGUUAGAUAUCACCCUACAAGUUGAUGAGCGGUUCUAUACUACAAUGCAGGGCAUAGUUGACGAGUUUAUCGAUUUGGGAAUUUUGUGACAAGAAUAAUAGAAUUAUGCAUUUAAUUUUAUUUAAUAUUUAUACUUACUUUAAAUAUAUUCCAAAAUAUUUAAAAAUUCCGUUGUAUAAACAUUAUCAGUAUUUUUUGUCGCUGGAAAAUGCACCCGAUUUAGCGAAAGACGAGUUGUUAGAUAUCACCCUACAAGUUGAUGAGCGGUUCUAUACCACAAUGCAGGGCAUAGUUGACGAGUUUGUCGAUUUGGGAAUUUUGUGACAAGAAUAAUAGAAUUAUGCAUUUAACUUAAUUUAAUAUUUAUACUUUGAAUAUAUUCCAAAAUAUUUAAGCAUACCGUUGUAUAAAAAUUAUACGUAUUUAAUUAUCAGUAUUUUUUGUCGCAGAAAAAUGUACCAGAUUUAGCGAAAGACGAGUUAUUAAAUGUCACCCUACAAGUUGAUGAGUGGUGGAGUGUAUACCACAAUGCAGGGCAUAGUUGACGAGUUUAUCGAUUUGGGAAUUUUGUGACAAGAAAAACAGAACUAUGCAUUUAACUUUAAUUUAAUAUUUAUACUUUAAAUGUAUUCCAAAAUUUUUAAAAAUUUCGUUGUAUAAACAUUAUACCCCUCAGUAUGAUUUCGUCGCUGGAAAUUGCACUCGAUUUAGCAAAAGAAGUGUUUUUAGACGAAACCUUACCAGUUGAUGAGUAUACAUGCAGGGUAUAGUUGACGAGUUAAUUGUGAUUUUGUGACAAUGUCAGUAUUAGGCAUUUAACUUAAUUUAAUACUUAUACUUUAAAUACUCUAAAAGUAUUAAGAAAUAGUAAUAAAGGUAAACUUUAAGACUAUUACGAGCUUUAAAGACAUGUCGCCAUUAAGUUUCUCGACUGAGUAUAAUUGCAUGAUUCUAUUAAUGUUAGACAUAACUUUGCAGUUCUUUAAUACAAUAAAAUAUUUUUGAUUUAGUAUUUGUGUGAUUACAUAAAAUUAGAGAAAACUUUACUAGUUGAUAAGCGGUUCUAUCUGUAAUACUAAUAAUAAUAAAUAAUAAUAAAUAUACUUAAACAAUACACAUCACUAUGUAGCCCCAAAGUAAGCAUACAGAGUAGCUUGUGUUAUGGGUGCUAAGAUAGUUGAUAUUAUAAUAUUAAUAUACAAUUAUAUACUACAUAUAAAUACUUAUAUAAUGUAUAAAUACACACAGACACUGGAAAACACCCAUGUUCAUCACACAAAUAUUUUCCAGUUGUGGGAAUCGAACCCACGGCCGUGGAUGCAGAAAGCAGGGUCACUACCCACUGCGCCACGCGGCCGUCAAAUAUCUAUCUAUACUUAUAAUAAAACUGUAACAGGUCAAAUUCUGUACAUUGAAUAUAUAUUAAAACCUUUGAUUGGAGGACAUACAAUUGAUACUGAACCCAAAAAUAUUUUUUUUCGAUUUCUUGUCUGUCUGUCUGUCCGUGUUUUUGUUGGCCGGGCAUCACGCUGAAACUACUGAAUGAAUUCAAAUGAAACUUGGCACGAUUUAAGACCACAGUACGGAGAAGGUUAUAGAAUACUUUUUGUUGCAAAAAUUAAAUCAGAAGAGAGUGAAACAGGGGUUGAAAGUUUGUAUAGAAAGUCCUUUAUUUUUAGAGUUACAAUUUUAAAAAUUUGCUCAUUAAUCAUAAAAAAAUUAAAAAAUAAUGUGAUUCAAAAAUUUUUAAAAUUCUACCCUUAAAGUUAUUGAUAUCCACGCGGACGAAGAAGUUGACGUAUUUGUCGAUUUACUAUUUUGUGUGAAUAAAGUAUCUAACUGAGCUCGAUAAAUAUUUUACGCUGCAAAACAAACUUUAUAAAACGACACUGACAGUAUCCCGGAGACGUCAACUGCAAGACUUUAACGAGUUUUUUCAAGUACUUCGAUAUUGACUUAAAGUUUCUCAAGAAAGAACUUGAAAAGUGCUUCGCAGAUAGUAUGAACUUUAUGUUGCUAUAUACGAAUAGUAUGUAAAAUAACGUAUAUAAUACUUUACGGUUAGUUAGGAACAUUAUGUGUAACUAGCGGACGCCCGCGACUUCGUCCGCGUAAAAUUCAGUUUUUCACAAAUCCCGAAAUAUUUUUUUAUUAGGUCUAUAGCUUAACUCAUUUUAGUUUUUUUUUGGAUAUUUUUAUUUAUUAUUAAGUUUAUUUUUCAGUUUAAUGUCAUUGUAGGUAUUAGUUUAGAUUAUAAGGUUGUGUUUGGCUGUGUUCGUGGCGUUACCCAAUCUGUGGUUCCAACUGAAAAUCAGCGCUACGUAUCCAAAUUCAAAUGGUCACGUAGCGUUAUGCUGAGCUGGGGCCAUUUUCUGGGUCAUGCCACACAUCGCAGGCUAUUGUCCUGGAUGUCAUGGUGUACUGGAGAUAUUGUGAUGUGUGGCAUAAUUUCGAAAUAAACGCAUUUUUCUUUC